CUGAACACACUGUAGUUCCUGGUCGGUUCCGGGAAACAGAGUCAGAGUGAGAGCUCUGUCCCGUCUCCUCCUCUCUGCUGCUCUCCUUCUCCUCCGUCUCCUCCGCUAGCUUAGCCUGCUAGCUGCUAGCAGCUCAGGUAAACAUGGCCAUGUCACAGGCUCUGUCAGAGGAGGAGUUCCAUCGGAUGCAGGCUCAGCUGUUGGAGCUUCGGACUCAGAACUACCAGCUCUCUGAUGAUCUCAGGAAGAGCUCUGCUGAGCUGAACGCCGUCCGUCAGAAGAACGUGGUUUUGGAAAGAGAUUUUGUCAAAGCACAGAAGGCUUUGAAUAAGAGCAAGAAAGCUCAGGAGGUGGAAGCGUUGCUGAGUGAGAACGAGAUGCUUCAGGGGAAACUCCACAGUCAGGAGGAAGACUUCCGGCUGCAGAACAGCACGCUGAUGACCGAGCUCUCCAAGCUGUGUACGCAGAUCGAACAGCUGGAGCAGGAGAACGAGGGCCUGAAGGACGGAGCAGCCGCCUCUGCAUCCGGCCCCCCGCCCAACCCUGCUCCAAGUCCUGUAGAUGGAGAGCUGCUCCACCUCCAGGCUGAGAACUCCACCCUCCAGAAGAAAAUGAAAGCUCUCCAGGAGCGCUACGACAAGGAGCUCCAAAAACAGCCGGUCGCCCAGGGCAACCAGAGCGCUACCACGGAGACCGACGGGUCAGCCAAUGGAGUCUCUGAUGUCACCGGGAGAGGGGAGGAGCCUGCAGCUGAGGGAACCAAUGAGAGACUGGAACAGACGGAGGCUCGGCUGGAACACAAAGAGAAACAGCUACAUGGCCUGUCAGAGAAGAGCGUAGAGAAGAUUGUAGCUAAGCAGGCAGCGCUAGGCUGGUCGGCUGCUCUCUGUCCAAUAACUCACUGCUUUGGACCAGAGCUGGAGAUGGCACUGAACACCGAGCAGGAGGAGAAGAGGCUGAUGAGGGAGCAGAUCCACAACCUGGAGGCGUCCAAACAGGCUGAAAUCACCAAACUGCAGGAAGAGCUGACGAAGGUAACGAGCAGAGACCACAAGAAGCAGGAGAGUUUUCAGCGUCUACAAGGAGAGAAGGAGGCUCUGUACAACGACAGCAGGACAAAGAUUGAUGAGAUCAACCAAAGGAAAGAAGAAGAGCUGAAGGCCACGAACAUCCGCAUCCAGAAACUACAGUCGGACGUCCUGGCAGCCAAUCAGGUGACAGGUGAGCUGAGAGAGCAGCUGCAGAGCAAAGAGAGAGAACAUGAACUGGCUCUGCACACGCUGAGAGACCAGGUAGCCAAUCAGAGCGCAGUCAGUCAGGAGCAGGUGGACAACAUCCUGCAGGAGAACGAUGCUCUGAGGACAAACCUCGCUGCUCUAGAACAGAUCCAGACGGUGAAGACGCAGGAGAUGAAUCUGUUGCGUGAGCAGCAGGAGGCGCUGACGCUCGAGCUGCAGCAGAGACGAGUGGAACAGGAGAGUCUGUUGGCUCACAGAGACGACCUCGACUCCCAGCUGCAGGAGUCGAGUUUUGCCAGCAGGAAGUUGUUGGAGCAGUUAACAGAAGAAGGACACGAGAAGGAGAAGCUGCUGAGAGAUCUGGACGAGGCCAAGAAGACGGCAGAGAAGAGGAAGGCCAUGUUGGAUGACAUGGCCGUGCAGCUGAUGCAGGAGAAGUCUGACCACAAGGAGGCGCUGUCAGACCUCAAACUGCAGCACGAGAAGGAGGUCCUCGGGGUGAGAGCUCGAUAUGAGAAGGAGCUGCGAGGCCUCCAUGAAGACAAGAACCGCUCUGAGGAGGAGAUCCGACAGCAGCUUAGAGAUGAAAAGGCUCGGACAAAGGAGCUGGAGGGUCUUCAGCAGCGGGUGGAGGAGCUGCAGGCUCAGGUUCAGUCCAUGGAGGGAACCAAAGGCUGGUUUGAGAGACGACUGAAGGAGGCCGAGGAGAACAUUGAGAAGAACUCUCUGGAACAUCAGGAGGAGAUCGAGCGGCUGCAGAAAGAACACACACAUCAGCUAUUGAAGCUGUCGUUCUUCUUCUUGGUUCCUGAAGACGGUAGAGUGGAGACGGGAAGUCCACUGACUCAGGUUCAGCUCUCGCGCAGUAAAGGCCAUAAAACCAGCAGUCAUCCCAUUACAGGACGCUUCCGGGGUUUGAGGCCGCGGCUCGGACGGCCAUACAUGGACAUGGAGUAA